AUGCCCAAGAUCUCUUCGUCUGCGCGUUCGUCUCGCGCCUAUGAUGAAGUUUUUCACAGACCACUGCAACAAUCGCAGAUCGACGCCAUUUACGCCUUUAGAUCACGAUUCGUCUGCGACGGAGUGAUAGAUAAAGACAUUAGCGAAGAGGUUCGAAACGUCCUAUGGCUAACGGAGGCCAUACUGCGAACAAAUGGACUGAGUUCAAUGGAACGACCGAAAGUCAACCUAAUGGAAACUCGUGGCAGGACCAUCUACGACGCACAACCUAUUGAUUUUGGUACACCUACACCAACACCUCAGGCGAAACAUGUGCUUGUUCGAAGGCUCUCGGAAGUACUUGGAGGCCUGGAGGAGCUUGAUCCAGAAACUGUCAUAUUUCCUAUUAAAAACAUAGCAGAGCCCAUUACUCCUCCGAGAAAGACGCGACAGGAUGCAAGAGCUAGAUAUUGCGCAAGCACUCCCAACGCAUCGCGUUCUCCGACUUCUGAUACGCUGUUCCUGACCCUUAGGAAGAAGAGCCAAAAGCGAUUUUUUACAUCGCCGGGGUCUGCCGAGGUGCCGGACAGCCCAGGCGAAAGACGAGGGUGGUCGCGAUCGCCUACGCCGCCUCUGUCGUGGUCUGUGGAAUCGUCGCCAGAGUCAGUGGAGACGAUGGGGUGGGAGGAAGACUGGGAAGAAAUAGAAGCAUUGAAGGCUGAAGAUUCAUUUCAGAAAUUGUUCGAGAUAGAGCCUCGAGGCAGACACACGGAGAGACGUAUAAAACUGAGGACGAGACAAGAUGGUGGGCAAGAUGAAGCAGCGACGGCGGAUUUCGGUCUCUUGUUGCCCAAACCCAAAUUGGACGUGGGCUUUGCCACCUCGACCAAACAAAGACAACAUCGCCCGACUUCUUUCCUCCCCCUCGUUCAAGUCAACUUAAAAAUGGCCGACUCCUAUACAUCCUCGCGCAACGGCGACAUUAUCUCAAAUGGCGGUCUCAAUGGCUCAAGUCCCUCUCUCGUCCCGACAGCGCACACACCAGCUCCCUCCAACGUCAUCCGCAAAAAGCUCAUGGGCUAUGUCGGCUUUGCCAAUCUCCCCAACCAGGUCCACAGGAAGAGUGUCAGGAAGGGCUUCCAGUUCACCGCCAUGGUCGUUGGGGAGUCCGGUCUCGGCAAGUCCACGCUGAUCAACACUCUCUUCAACACCACUCUCUAUCCACCCAAGGAACCUAUUUCGCCGGCUGCAGAUAGGCCCAAGACCGUUGCCAUUGAGAGCAUCGGUGCAGAUAUCGAGGAGAACGGUGUUCGCCUUCACUUAACCGUCGUUGAUACUCCCGGUUUCGGUGAUUUCGUCAACAACGAUGACAGUUGGAAACCCAUCGUUGAAAAUAUCGAAUCCCGAUUUGACUCGUAUCUUGAACAAGAAAACCGCGUCAACAGGACGAAAAUUGUCGACAACCGUGUCCAUGCCUGCUUGUACUUUAUCCAACCCACUGGCCAUUCUCUCAAGCAGCUUGAUAUCGAGUUUAUGCGCAGACUUCAUACCAAAGUCAACCUUAUCCCCAUCAUUGCAAAGGCAGACACUUUGACCGAUGAGGAAGUUACCGAGUUUAAAGAGAGGAUUUUGGCCGAUAUUGCCCACCAUAACAUCCAUAUUUUCCAGGCGCCAACAUAUGAGAACGAGGAUGAAGAGACCAUUGCUGAAGCUGAAGAGAUCGCCGGAAAAAUUCCAUUCGCUGUCGUAGGUUCCGACAGGUUGGUUAAUACCCCUGACGGUCGUCAAGUCCGUGGACGCGCUUACCCCUGGGGUGUUGUCGAAGUUGACAAUGAGGAACAUUGCGACUUUGUCAAACUCCGUCAGAUGCUUGUCCGCACGUACAUGGAGGAGCUCAGGGAGUAUACCAACGAUGUUCUUUACGAGAACUGGCGAACAGAAAAACUUCUUAGCAUGGGUGUCGCUCAAGAUUCUUCCGUGUUUAAAGAAAUCAACCCUGCUGCCAGGCUACAAGAAGAACGAGUUCUUCACGAAGCCAAACUUGCCAAGAUGGAGGCUGAGAUGAAGAUGGUCUUCUUGCAAAAGGUUCAGGAGAAGGAAGCCAAGCUUAAGCAGUCCGAAGAAGAACUCUAUGCCCGGCACAAGGAGAUGAAGGACGCGUUGGAGAAGCAACGUGCCGACCUUGAGGACAAGAAGAGGAAAAUCGAAAGUGGUCGUCCAUUAACACCCGAGAAAUCUUCUACCACGAGGAAGAAGGGCUUCCUUCGCACGUAA